GUUUUGGACAACUUUCGGUAAUUCUUUUAGUGCUUGUUUGAAGUUAAACGAAAUUGCGACACGAUGGCUUCACUAUUGAGACAACCAAGCUGCUGCCGUUCGAUAGCAAGACAUGAGACGCGAACAACGCAGCAAAUUCAUGUCGCAUCUAGCACUUACAGCAGCAAGACUUUACGACAAGGCGUAUGGCGGGCAGCAGCGGUGCAGGCAACGCCUGCAGGCGAGGCGGCCAACAGCAGAGCACCAAGAGGCCCACCGGGCGACGAGUCUUCAAAGCAGUUUGCGAUAGAAAUAGCGCGUGUAGCGGAUGAAGUAAAAUGCUCCGACAUUGUGGUUCUCGACGUCGCGCCUGUGGUCAGCUGGACAAGUUUCCUUGUAAUCGCAACCGUGUUCAGCAAGCCUCAGUUGCUGGCUGCCCUAGCACGUGUGGAAAAGGCAGCGGGGGAGCAACACGGACGGGCGCGAUUAAACCUGCCAGGGUCGAGUCCAUGGGAGACACUGGACUUUGGCGAUGUGGUGCUGCACCUGUUCACGGCGGAGCAACGCGAGUACUACGACAUCGAGUCGUUCUACGCGGCGGCUGAGGAGGUGGAGCUGCCAUUUGGGCCGCCAGACGGACCCAUGGGUCAGCGGGGCGGCGCGGCGGCGGCCGCAGGGCAACAGCCCACGUGGAGUACCAAGUUGUGAGGCGCAUGAGGAGGACGUGUACUGUAAAUAGGCUGCAGGAUGGGAGUUGAUCAGGAGAGCAUACCCGUGCGCUUGCAUGGGGGCCGACCGCCGUUUGGGUGCCUUGCAACUGUAGUCGACAGCUGAGGUCCAGCACGACACCUGUAUCUAUUUUUUCCUCAUUUUACACCUUUAUAGGAUGCAAGGUGGUUCCAUUCUUAUCAAGCAAGUGGCGACCUGCUCCUAACCGGCUGGGGUGGUGUGCUGGCUGGCUAGGUUGGGGCGUCGUUGCCGGGGCCGGGUUGGAGAGAAGGGACUGAUCUCUGUUCACUGUGACGGCCAAGGCGUGACAGCGUGACAUGGACCGGCAAGUGGUCUUUUGAAAGACUGAGUGUACGCGGGGGCAGGUGGGGCGAUAGUGGUGGGGCCAGCUGCCUUAAGCAAUGGAUCAGACCGCCAUAG